CUUUAAUUUCCUCCGAUCGAUCCUUCCCUCUUCAUCUUUAGCCUUUUCCUGCUCGUCCUAAACGAAGGAGCCCAAACAUGAUUAGAGAAGCAGUAUCGUUGCCUCUUCUCGCCUUCCCCAUCCUUAAUUGCCUUCUCAUGCUCUUGCCCGUCGCCUCUCACGGCGCCUUCUCCUGCCCAAACUCGACGUCGGUACCCUGCGGCAACGUCAGCAUCUCCUACCCGUUCUGGCUGUUGUCUAAUGAGCCAAACCAGAUCUCUCCCUACUGCGGCUACCAAACCUUCACGUUGACCUGCCACCCAAGUGACAUCCCAAUCCUGCGCCUCGGUGACGACGACUACAGGGUCUUAGACAUCAACUACAAUUAUACAGUCGUUUCUCUCGCCGACGGCGUUAACCGCGGUGGCGUGCCGGACACUUGUCCCACAGUCCACCAAAAUGUCUCCUUGCCUUCCAACUUAUCUUUAUCCUACGCUGACGCCGAAGCCAAACUCACCCUCUUCUUCAACUGCAGUAUUUUCAAUUUCCGAAGGCCAAGUCUCGUGCCCCCCUGCAUUCGAUUUAAUGAGUCCGGAUGGGAAAUCAAGUAUAGUUACGACUACGACUGCCAUGAUGAGACGGAUUCGGGCCUUUUGGCGGCCCUGGAAUCCUACGUGGGGAAUGAGUUUAAGGAAGAAUCUGCACGAAUAUUGCGUGAGGUGUUCAAACUUCAAUGGACUGAGGGAAUCAACGGCGGCGAUUGUUCUUACUGCGAGAGCUCAGGUGGCCGCUGUGGGUAUCAUAAAGCUCUCGUUCCCGACUGUUUCUGUUCGGGCGGAAAGAUUGAAGUCUCCCCACGUGCUCCAAGGAAGAAGCAUACAACAUUGAAAAUUGGCAUUGUAAUAGGGACAAUUGUUGGCUUUAUACUUGCAUGUUUCAUCUCAAGCUACCUUCUAUGUUUUAGACAGCCAAACGAGAAAAAAGACCAAACUAUUCAAGACUUCAUACUUCAGUAUGAGUCCACAACUCCGAAGAGAUACACUUACACUGAAAUCAAAAGAAUGACAAAGUCUUUCAGCAAUAAGCUCGGGAAUGGUGGUUAUGGUUCCGUAUUCAAGGGUUCACUCCAAGAUGGUCGCUUGGUCGCUGUUAAAAUCCUAAGUGAAACUAAAGGCAAUGGAGAAGAUUUCAUCAAUGAGGUAGCAAGCAUCAGUAGGACAUCCCAUGUCAACAUUGUUGCCCUUCUUGGAUUUUGCUUGGAGGGAUCAAAGAGGGCUCCGGUUUACGAGUUCAUGUCAAAUGGAUCACUGGAUAAGUUCAUUUUUGAUGAUAAAUCAAACACAAAAAAUGGCAAACUCAGUUGGGAGAAGUUAUAUGAUAUUGCAAUAGGUAUCGCGCGAGGUCUUGAGUACUUGCAUCGAGGAUGCAACACUCGCAUAGUUCACUUUGACAUCAAACCUCAUAAUAUCUUAUUGGACCAUGAUUUCUUCCCCAAAAUUUCAGAUUUUGGAUUGGCCAAGAUUUGCAUACAAAAAGAAAGUAUCAUCUCAACGAUGGCUAUGAGAGGAACUCCAGGUUAUAUUGCCCCAGAACUCUUCUCUAGGAGUUUUGGGAGGAUAUCGAGUAAAUCUGAUGUUUACAGCUAUGGAAUGAUGGUGUUAGAAAUGAUUGGAGGGAGGAAGAACUUCAAUGCAAGGGCAGACCAUACAAGUGAAACUUAUUUCCCCCAUUGGGUUUAUGAUAAUCUAGAUGAGUAUUGCAAUUUGACAGCCUCUGACUCCGUCUCUGCCUCUGAGGUGAGUUCUAAGAGUAAAGAGAUUGAAAGGAAGAUGAUAAUAGUUGGGUUAUGGUGCAUACAGAUAAAGCCAGAGAAUAGACCUUCGAUCAGCAUGGUGGUCGACAUGCUAGAAGGAAGCAUUAGUGUCUUGCAGAUGCCACCAAAACCAGAUGCUCCUAACAAGAUGGCUAUCCGCUCAGACAAACCGCUUGACAGAUCAAACACUUCAGCUUCACCGCGCAAUCCAUGGCCACCACCAGUCCUUCCUCCUGCUUUUGAUCUUUGGUUAUCCCUCCGUACGUCGGAAUCCAUAUCCAAGUAUCCUAAUCUACAACUUUUUGCACCUGAGCAAAGUAAUCGAUCGCCAGACAUGCCGGGAGCGGCAGUAUCUUUUCCCCUUCUGGCCUUCCUCGUCCUUAGUUGCCUUCUCGCGCUCUUCCCCAUCCCAUCGAGCGGCGAUUACUCCUGCCCAAGCUCUCCGUCUUCAUCCUGCAGCAACGUCACCGUCUCCUACCCCUUCUGGCUCCCCGACGAGCCCGACCAGAUCAUGAAUUCCUACUGCGGCUACCAAAGCUUCAUGUUGAGCUGCCAAAGUCACAUCCCAAUCCUCCGCCUUGGCGACGACAGCUACAGAGUCUUAGACAUCAACUACGCAGACCGAUCCAUCUCCCUCGUCGACGAAGACACCUACUCUCGUGCGCUAGAUGAUUAUUGUUUCAGAGUUUGGCGUAACGUCUCCCUGGGUCCUAAUACGCGUUUGGCCUACACCAACGCCGACGCCAAUCUCACCUUCUUCUUCAACUGCAACGACAACGACAGUAGGUGGUCAGAUAACCAGAUUCGCUGCCUUCAACACGACGGAGCUAAGGGAAAUAGGAGUUAUAUCUUUUCGGAAAUCUCGAACGAAAACUCUCUCCCUCGGAACUGCGCUGAAGUGGUGGUUUCGCCGGCCCUGCAAUCCAGUGUGUCCGACUCAAGUGCGACUCUGCUGGCGGUUAAGUACGCGGAAAUUUUGAAGAAUGGGUUCGAGCUUUAUUGGACGGGGGAUAACGCCGGCACCGACUGUGCCUACUGCGAGAGGUCAGGUGGCCGUUGUGGGUAUAACAAAAUCGGCGAUGGGAUUCUGGCUUCCGCCUGUUUCUGUCCUGACGGGACGAUCGGUGCCUCCUCGUGUGGUGGUGGUGGUGGUGGUGGUGGUGGUGGAAGGAAACAAUAUAAAGGAUGGCUGAUCGGAGAUGUCAUUUGGGUAAUUGUUGGCGUUGUAAUUGCAUGUCUCUUCCUAAUCUACCUCGUAAAAGACCAAGCUAUUCAAGCCUUCAUACUUCAGUACGAAUCCACAAUUCCAAAGAGAUACAAUUACACUGAAAUAAAGAGAAUGACCAAGUGUUUCGGUGACAAGCUCGGGGAAGGAGGUUGUGGCUCUGUGUUCAAGGGCUCACUCCGCGAUGGCCGCUUCGUUGCCGUCAAAAUCCUAAGUGAAACUAAAGGCAAUGGAGAAGAGUUCAUCAAUGAGGUAGCCAGCAUCAGUACAACUUCCCAUGUCAACAUUGUUGCUCUCCUUGGAUUUUGCUUGGAGGGAUCAAAGAGGGCUCUGGUUUACGAGUUCAUGUCGAAUGGAUCCUUGGACAAGUUCAUUUUUAACAAGAAUUUGAACAUGGAGGAUAGCCAACUGAGCUGGGAGAAGUUACAAGACAUCGCAAUAGGCAUCGCGCGAGGUCUCGAGUACUUGCAUCGAGGAUGCAAGACUCGGAUUGUUCACUUUGAUAUCAAGCCACAUAAUAUUUUACUAGACAAGAACUUUUGUCCCAAAAUUUCAGAUUUCGGAUUGGCCAGGAUGUGCCUUCGAAAAGGUAGCAUUAUCUCAACUAUAGCUAUGAGAGGAACUCCAGGGUACAUUGCCCCGGAACUCUUCUCCAGGAGCUUUGGGACGAUAUCGAGUAAGUCUGAUGUUUAUAGCUACGGAAUGAUGGUGUUAGAAAUGGUUGGAGGAAGAAAGAACUUCAAUGCAAGUUUAGACACUUCUAGUCAAAAAUAUUUUCCACAUUGGGUUUAUGACAACCUCGAUGAGUAUUGUAAUUUGAAGAUCUCUGGAAUGAGUUCUGAGACUGAAGAGAUUGCAAGAAAAAUGAUAGUGGUUGGUUUAUGGUGCAUACAAACAAAGCCUGAAAAUAGGCCUUCAAUUGGCAUGGUUGUGGGGAUGUUGGAAGGAGACAUUAGGGCAUUGCAAAUGCCACCGAAACCAGAACUUUAUUGAGUUGCAUGCCUUUGAAGAACAUUAAGGCUUCCAUUAUAUGUACCUCGAAUCAGUAUUGUGUUUUUUUUCUAAUGUGUUUUAUGAUGAAGUUACAUUGAGCUUAGAGGAGCUAUGUAAGUGCUUAUGACAAUGCUCUCAAUCGUAAACACAAAAUAUUAGUUCGGAUCAAUUCGAACUACAAUUUAUAAAUAUUUAGAAAUAAAAUUCAAAUUUUGAUUCUUUGAUU